UACAUUCUUCAAGCCACGCCCAGUGAAAGCGAAUAAGACUGACAAGUUCUCUGGGUGUGUCUUGCCGUACAUGGGACCGAUGACGCUGGCCCUGCGACCCCCUCGCGGCCCCCGUCGGCGGGCGGACAGCAUAGACUACAGCGGGAAGGGUUUGUCAGAGCUGCCGAGGCACAUCUUCCGCAACACCGAGGUGAAACGCCUCCGCUUGCACGACAACAACAUCACGGAACUUCCGCGAGAGAUUAACACCUUAGUCUGUCUCGAACGUCUUACAUUAAACAAUAACGGUCUUAACGACAUCAUUGACGAGGUUUUCCUUCUGGAGAACUUGAGAUGUUUAGAUCUGAGUGACAAUAGCUUGACGCAGCUCUCUGCGGCGGUGAGUAACUUGCGAGAGCUGAGGGAACUGCACCUGAACAAACUGGACCUGACAUAUCUGAUAGAGGACAUCGGGUGGUUACCCAAACUGGAGGUACUUUCCGUAGCGUAUAACAAACUCACGGAGAUUCCGGGUUCGAUCUCACAACUUAAGAAACUGAAGGUGUUGAUUUUGACGGGGAACCACUUCGACCACUUUCCGGAUGAGGUGUGUGCAGUGACGUCACUGGAGACCAUGAGUAUCUCCAGUCAAGUGGGAGAGUCGAAAAUCUGCUUCAUCCAGGAUAGCAUAGGGAGGCUGAGGAACAUGAAGGAGCUGUAUCUGGAGAACAACACGAUCUCCACCCUCCCGGAGACCAUCCGUGAGAUGAAGGAGCUGGAGGUGCUCUCCUGUUUCUCCAACCGUCUGGAGCAGCUGCCGGACUCACUGUGCACGCUGAAGAACCUCAGAGUACUGCUGCUACAGCAUAACAGACUCUCGAAGCUGCCCGACAACCUUGACCAGCUGCUGGAGAUGAACUUGAAGGAACUGCGGCUGGACGGGAACCCCCACCCGUGCGGCAGUAAGGGCGCGGGGCUCAGACAGGUCAGGGACCAGCACAAACUGGCCAGGCUAGCCAGAAUAAGCUCGUGUAACGCCAGCACAAUGGACUACAGAUAUAUAUUCAGGUAUCGUCUGAAGAAGUGGCUGCAGCAGGUCAUCAACUUUCCCGCCAAGUGCAGCAUCCGGGUUCCCAGCAAGGCCACGCCCAUCGAGACCUCCCUGACCUUCAAACUGGUCAAUCCCGACAAAUCUUCGCUCACACUUUGCAAGGGCAGUCGCGAAAUUUUGGUGAGCUAUAUUGUGGAGCUGGGCCCCAGGAACUACCCACUGCGCAAGCCCGUCACGCUGGCCAUGACGCACUGGGCGGACCCGGCCGACAGGAGCCGCGAGAUCGUGGUGAAGAUAAACCCCUCACGAGCCGCGAACGUGAGAGCGCCAUGGGUGGAGGUGCCUACAAAGGUUGCCGGCAGUCUAGUGAAGGCCCGUGUGCGCCAGUUUUCUCAGUUCGCCGUCAUCUCACGACUAAAGACUGACAAGUUCCGGGUGUCCAGCAGCCAGGGAGCAGACCUGCACUCCACCGCCCUGCAUGACGUCACCGUCAAGGUGCCCAAACGGGGCGUGGUCGGGGACGCAGACGUGAACCUCAGGGUGAAACCCAUAGUCCUUGGUGAGUACCCCCAGCACGUAUACGGAGCGUCGCCGUUCGUCGAGGUGUGGCGCCCCGCUGCCGACAAGCGCACCUUCCGCCUCAAGGUGGCCAUCUCCCUACCCGUCACACGGAAAGGUGACUUCACCCCGUCUGACGCUGACCUUCACCUCCUGCUGCACGCUGAAGGUCAGUGGACGGACGUGACGUCAGAGGUCAGCCACAAGAAGAGCGAGGACGGGAAACUGCUGUUAGACACUAAGUACUGUGGAGGGUACAUGGCGCUGGAGACCGCAGACGACCUUGACCUGAAGGACCUGUAUGACCUAGCGGACGCAGUUUGGGAAGGGUCACAGGCCUGCCUCAUCCUCAAGCAGAACCGGCGGGACCGCAGCCACGUGAUGAUCACGUGCGUGCCACGUGAAAUGGCCUCCGCGAUCAGCAGAGUUCUGGACAACAACGGCUGGACCGGUCCGGAGCCGACCGAGCCGGUGUUCCUACAGGACGGCCAGCCUGUGCAGGUGACGCUGGACGGGAACGUGCGGCCCCGCGGGACCUGGCCGGGGGACAGGGUCACCAUCAUAUACAACUGCAGGUAA